UUCCCAAGAAACACCAUCGAUAAAGCUCAAGCUCUUGCGACGUCCACCCUCACUUUCUCGACACGCUCCUCACCCGUCCGCUCCUUUCCGAACACCGAAGACAACCUCUCCGAUCGCAAAAGACAAAAUCUCGAAAAAAAAUGUCGGCCGAUAACUUCGUCGCGCCCGGUCAGCAGCGCUACCUCCGCGCCUGCAUGGUCUGCUCAAUCGUCAUGACCUACUCCCGCUUCCGCGACGAAGGCUGCCCCAACUGCGAAGAAUUCCUCCACAUGGCCGGCUCCCAGGACCAGAUCGAGAGCUGCACGUCCCAGGUCUUUGAGGGCCUCAUCACGCUCUCGAACCCGAAGCGGUCGUGGGUGGCCAAGUGGCAGCGCCUGGAUAACUACGUGAGGGGCGUCUACGCGAUCAAGGUCUCGGGUCAGCUGCCUGACGAGAUUCGCAAUUCGCUUGAGGAGGAGUACAGGAUACACUAUAUCCCGCGCGACGGAACGGAGACUGAGGUUGAUGCUUGAGAUUGGCUACGAGUUAUCGAACCAUGUUUUUUUUUUCUUUUACAUACAAGGCGUUUACGGGGAGUCAAAGAAGGUCGGUAAGGAGUCAGGGAAGACUCUAUUCAGAUGAAACAAUUCUCAAAAUGGUAUCUA